AUGUCGUUGGAUAUCACUACCUUCUAUAACGUUAUUAAUAACGAACUGACCACCACCGCCGAAACGCGCCAUGGAAUCAACCCCGCUAAUCAACAACCGAACCCCGAGGUCCCAGUUUCGACCGCCGCGGAUCUGGACAAGGCUGUGAGCGCUGCUCGCCAGGCAUUCAAGUCAUGGUCCCGGACAUCAGUGGAGGAGCGGCGUAAGGCGCUGAGCGCUUUUGCUGACGCUAUCGAGGCGAACAAGGAUUCCCUGGCCAAGCUACUGACCCAGGAGCAAGGAAAGCCAUUAGACCAAGCAUCUGGUGAAGUUGAUAACGCCGUCAUUUGGGCACGAGCUAUCCCUAAGAUUGAGGUCCCGGAGACAGUGAUUGAGGAGAAUGAAGAGCGCAAGGUGAUCCAGAGGCACAUUCCCAUCGGUGUUGGAGGUGCCAUUGUGCCCUGGAACUUCCCCAUCAUGUUGGCGGUCGGAAAGAUCAUUCCUGCAGUGUACACUGGUAACACCAUCAUUGUUAAGCCGUCGCCCUUCACUCCUUACUGCAACCUGAAGCUCGGAGAGCUUGCUGCCCGUUGUUUCCCACCAGGUGUGGUGCAGGUGUUGAGCGGCGGUGAUGACCUCGGUCCAAUGAUCACCGAGCACCCAGGUAUCGACAAGAUCAGCUUCACUGGUUCUAGUUUGACCGGUCGCCGUGUCAUGGCCAGUUGCGCCAAGACGCUGAAGCGAGUUACUUUGGAACUCGGUGGCAACGACCCUUCCAUUAUCUGUGAGGAUGUUGACAUCGAUGCUAUCAUUCCGAAGGUCGGUGUUCUCAGCUUCCUGUGCUCCAGUCAAAUCUGCAUGAUGAUCAAGCGUCUUUAUGUGCACGAGAAGAUCUACGAUGAAUUCCGUGACAAGCUUGUCGCAUUUGUGAAGAACCUGAAGCUAGGCGAAGGCACCGAGCCCGAUGUCUUCUUCGGUCCCCUCCAGAACAGCAUGCAAUUCGGCAAAGCCCGCAAUCUCAUCGAGCACAUUGCAUCCGAAGGGCUGAACUCCGUUUUGGGAGGUUCUAUCCCGGAUUCGAAGGGCUUCUUCGUCCCGCCCACUAUCGUCGACAACCCACCCGAGAACUCGCGCGUUGUCCAGGAGGAGCCCUUCGCGCCUAUUCUGCCCAUUCUCAAGUGGUCCGAGGAGGCGGACGUGAUCGCACGCGCGAACGACACCGAGUAUGGACUUGGAGCAUCGGUCUGGACUAAUGAUUUCGAGCGCGGUCAGCGAAUUGCGCGCCAGCUUGAAGCCGGUAACGUGUGGGUGAAUACACACUUUAUGGUGCAGCCUAAUGUACCAUUUGGUGGACACAAGUCGAGUGGAAUUGGUUCUGAGUGGGGUGUGACUGGAUUGACUGGGUGGUGCAACACUCAGGCGUUGUAUUUCAAUAAGAAAGCAUGA